AUGCUCAUGUUUUACACUUUCAGCCUUUAUCUUUUCUUUCAGAUCCUUAUUUUCUCUCAAAUCCACCAAGUCCACUUUGAUGGCAUUUUAAAAUAUGCACCCAGAGCAUGCCAAAAGCCUUCUGAGUUGUCAAGGUAUAUGUCGGCCACGGGAGGUUUGAUGACCGAUUCCCUGAUGAUGGAGACGCUGAAGAUGGUACCUUCAAACUCGCAGGUAUUUUCAAUAGAAACGUUUUUAAUGGAGGCGUUGCUUGUGGGAAAGUUGUUGAUGGACGCAUUGCCAAUGGAGGUAUUAGAGAUGAGUGGCUUCGUAAUGUUUGCUUUGACGUUUCAAUCCUUGCUGUUGGAAGUAGCUGGGAUAAUGGUUUUCAUCUGGGGAGUAUUAAUGAUGGAAGCUUUUGAGCUGGAGCCAUUUGCAAUAGGUGUGAUGUUCAAUCUACUGGUCAUCUUCUUAAAGAAGAUACAGUUCACAGUGAAAAACGAGGUAUUCGAGAUUGUUUAUGAGUUAGUAUCUCAAUACUGGGAAAGAUAG